UUGUUGGCAAACAAACCCUCAAAUGUUCGCGGAGCUCGUGCUUAUAUUAAUAUAACACAAUAAUGGAUACAUUCACCGGGAGAACUUCAGACAGGAGGGACACGCGUACAGAGGAUCCCGUUCGCGGCAGUGAAAAGAACAAGAAAAGACAUAUCCAGAGAAUAAGGAGUCCCUUACGGUAUACCCGCCCCUAUCAGCCAAGGUUUGAAGGGAAAAACCUGCAUUCACGUUUCAGGUUUUUCAGGACUAUGGAGGAACGGCGUUUUAUACGGCGCCCAAAUUUUGCACUGAGGUACCAGAGGCAUCAUACAUAUCAGUGGUCCAGUCUACAGCUAAGGCGUAAGCCCAGAGCCUCUCCUCCUUCCAGCCAGCAGUUGCACAAAGGCCUGAACAAGAAUAGCUCCACAGCACAUAUUGAACCCGGCAAAACAGACAUUUCUCGGCCAUCCUCUGGAAACAGACCAUCACUGCCAUCCACAGUGUCACAGAAACCCAGCAACAGAGAUGCUCGCUCAUCUGUGACAUGUGCUGUGGCACGAAACAGAGCUAUACAGAAGAAACAAGAGCAGAUAGAGGAGGUGUAUCGGCAGGACUGUGAUACAUUUGGCAUGGUUGUGAAGAUGUUGGUGGCCAAGGAUCCAUCCUUGGAGAAGCCAAUUCAGCUGUCUCUGCGUGAAAACCUGAGGGACAUUGGCAUGCGUUGCAUCAAGGCCAUGGAGCAGUUCAUCCAUGAGUAUGAUUCCAGAGAGCUUGACACUCCAUCCACCUCCCAACUGCAUUCCAUCAAGUGACGACUCCAAACACAUGGCAAAAUCCAGCUACUUAUUCGCUUCUCAUGCACGCUAUCCAUUCAACUUUAAAAUUUGCCCCUCUUUAUCACACCUUCAGCUAUAUCAGUGUUUCUUCAAACAAUUUUCAUAUACAUAGUCAAUAAAAUUACUUUUAUUACACCUUUGUAUUCCUUUUUUUUGGGUAAACAGAGGAUGUUCCACGUAUCUGUAAUCCCACAAAACCACUAAGAAAAGUCAACAAAAAUACAUUAAUAUGAAUAGUAUGAAUAUAAUAGACAUGUCUGCAUUUUACAUUAUCUGCCUUAUAUUGCUUGCAAGACAUAACUACAACAUAUGUUCCUUGUUGAGCAACAAGCUUAAAAUAUUGGUGGUCAUCAGAGUAAAACAUACAGAAUUUCUUGUAUAUAAACUUAAAACACACAU